AUGGCUAUAGAAAGAUUGAGGGUUUCGCAUGCGUCCCAAAACUCAAAACGUUAUGGACAACCAGUCAAGCCCCGUCAUACAGCAGCCGUUGCAACUAAGAUCACCGACAUCACCGCCGUGAACCAGCGGGGUCAGUCCGCCCUGUGGUGCGCUGCCGCUGAGAAUCCACCCCAGGUAGUCAAGGACUCCUCCACCAUCCCACAAUCCAGGCUGACCAUCAAAACGUGGAGGAUUGGUGGACACCGCUUGCAGUGGCAGGCGCUUACAGCUGUGCGCAAGUCGUCCGCCACCUCCUCCCUCAUGCACAGGAUGGUGUAA